AUGACGGCUCCAACGACUUCAACGAAACCUACGAAACCGCUAAACUCCCCGUCUAUUCCUGGUCCAUUACCGAAACCUGAGAGGGUUCUGGCAUGGGCGGUGUGGGUUUUUCACUCGCUUUUUGCUUUUGUCAUUGCCUAUUGGGUCUCGAAUGGAAAAGCGAAGAAAUGGAUAAGUCAUUGGAUGCAGGAUAGCUAUGUGCCAGGCUGGAAAAUGGAUUUAUCAGACGCAGAGUGGGCGUAUUAUCGACAAACUGUGUGGCAUCUUCUGCUGGAUUACUCGAUUCAUAGUUUAGGAAUCUUCCUGUCAAAACGAUAUCUUCCAUCACCGAUCUCAAAAUAUGCAUUCAUUGCAAUCGGGUUUUUAGUUCAAAUUCAUAUGAGCAGUUUCCAAUGUAUUCUCGUACUAUACUCAUUCGCUGUUCUCGUUAUUUUCUCCACGUGGAUCACGGGCGGUCUGAAAUGGACUCCAUGGAUAAUGUGCAUUGGUUUCAUCGCAAAAGCCACUCAAAUCGUCCCUUUCUCGUCUGGAACUCAUAUUUUCUAUCGGGAAUUCAAUAUCUAUUUGUAUGGAUCCAUCAAAAUACUGAAUUUCGCGCUGUUUUUUGCGGAAAAUUGGAAGAAAAUUGAAAAUUCGAGAGUUUUGUUGACAGAGAGUCUGCUGUAUUUCUCAUAUCUUCCUUAUUCAAUGACUCUGAUCGUGAGAUUCGAAGAUUUUCGAGAACAGUUUCACAAGUGGGAACAGAAUCGAGAAAUCUGCGUGAACUCAUUGAAAAAUGCUAUCUGGUUCGGGAUCAGAUUGGCGUUUUGGUUUGGUUUCAUGGACUUUUUGCUUCAUUUUGUUCAUGUGCAAGCGUUAUUCAACUCUCCAGAUUCACUGGUGAACAGCUUGAAUGUCUAUGAAGUUUGCGCGAUCGCCUAUGUCGCCGGUCAGAUGUUCCAUGUGAAAUACGUCGUCAUAUUCGGUGUUCCCGCUUUCUUUGCUGCUCUCGAUGGAUUUCGACCACCUCCGCCGCCGAUAUGUAUAUCUCGAGUCUCACUUUACUCGAGAAUGUGGAGACAUUUCGAUAAUGGACUUUACGAAUUCUUGAAGCAUCAAGUCUACAUUCCAGUUAUGAGAAAACCACUUCCUUUGGUUUUAUCGAUUUUGAGGGGACUCGGAGCGCUUUGUGCAGUUUUUGGAGUCGUUUUGGCGUGGCAUGGAACACGAAGACAUUACAUUUUCUGGGUUACGUUAUCUGCCACUGAACUUAUCGUCGAACGAAUCGGAUGGCAGAUCUGGAAAACACGAAAAGUUCAAGAAAUUCGGAAAGUGAUUGGGGAAAAUGGAUGUCGAAGAAUCAUGGCGACAUUGAUGCUUCUUACAGUGACACCUGGAAUUUUUGGAGUUUUCUUCUUUCUUGGCCAGGAAGGCGUCGGAGAGACGAUAUCGAUGAAUGUAGUCGUUCAGGGAUUUCUAGACGUUCUUUCAUUUAAUAUUACUGCUUUUCCAUUAUCUGCCGGGUUCGCAUUUUUGCAUAUUCUCACUCUGGGUUACUUUUUUAAUAAUGUUUGCCUUGAUAUUGAGUAUUUUGAUAAGAAAAAGAAACAAUAA